AUGCAACGCCUAUCAACAGUGGCAUUACCAUUACCACCCGCAUCAAUAGUGGGACUUUCACCAGCACUAAAUGUUCUAUCGAAAGAAGUUGUUAUGGGGAUGAUAUUUAUAAUGAAUUUAAAUAAUUUUAUUAUAAAAAUGGACGUCAACGUCAAUCGUCGACAACAAUUAAUGAGCGUAUUACAAGAUGUAUUGGCAAAUAAUGGUGCAGAACAAUAA